AUGGCUGAAGUUCCAGAAAUUGCCCAUGCUAUUGCCGGUGCCGGUGGUGGAGCCUUAUCUAUGAUCGUUACGUAUCCUUUAAUUACAUUAUCGACCUUGGCCCAAACUGCAACAAAGAGAAAGGAAGCCGAAGAAAAGCCUGAACCAGAACAAGAAAAGGAAUUAAAAGCUUCUAUUAGUCCUGUAACUCAACACAAAAUUCUUUCUGCAUUGGAGAAAAACUCUACCUUUGCAGCAAUAAGAGAAGUUAUCCAAGAAAAAGGUGUGUUGGGGUUAUACGCCGGUUUGGAAAGUGCCUUAUACGGUAUCACUUUAACUAACUUUAUUUAUUAUUAUUUCUACGAAUUAACUUCCAAUGUCUUUUUAAAAGCCAAAAAGCAAAGAUCGAAGGGGUUAAGUACUAUUGAAUCUAUCAUUACUGGAGCAAUUGCCGGUGCCCUUACCUGUGUUGGUUCAAAUCCAUUGUGGGUUGCAAACACAAGAAUGAUGACUGAAAAGAAAAAGGGAGCAUCACCUUCAACUUUGAAAACCUUUAUUGAUAUUAUUGAAAAUGACGGUGUUGGUACUUUAUUUGCUGGUGUAUUACCAGCAUUAGUAUUGGUGAUUAAUCCAAUUAUCCAAUAUACCAUUUUUGAACAAAUUAAAAAUGUGAUUAUUGCCAAGAAUGGUAAGAAGGCAUUCACUCCAGGUAAAGCAUUUUUCAUUGGUGCUUUCGGAAAAUUAAUUGCCACUUCUUUAACUUAUCCAUAUAUCACUUUGAAGGCUAGAAUGCACAUAAAAAAGAAGAGUGCAAAGCAAGGCAAUGACGAACCUAAAUUGUCAAUGAUUCAAGAAAUUAGAAAGAUUAUCAGAGAAGAAGGUUUAGAGGGAUUGUAUGGUGGAUUAGUGGUUAAAGUACUUCAAUCUAUUUCCACUGCUGCCUUCUUGUUCUAUUUCAAAGAAGAGUUGUUGACUGGAAGUGUUAAAUUGGUUGAAAUUUUCAGAUUAAUGACCAUCAAUAAGAAUAAAAGAUUGUUAAAGAAUUAA